AUGCUCUUCAACUCUAUCCUCGCCACUGCCAUGCUGUUCGCAGCCUCUGCCGUUGCUCUUCCUGUCGAGCUCGAAGCCCGCCAGUCAUCCACCACUUGCGGCAACACCUACUACAGCGCUUCUCAGGUUUCGGCCGCCUUCAACGCAGGCUACAACGACUACCUGAACGGCGUCACCUACGGCAAUUCAAACUACCCUCACCAAUACAAUGACUAUGAGGGCUUUGACUUCCCUGUCGAUGGUCCUUACCAAGAGUUCCCCAUCAAGACUUCUGGAGUCUACACUGGUGGCUCUCCUGGUGCUGACAGAGUUGUUUUCAACACUAAUGGCGAAUACGCUGGUGCCAUCACUCACACCGGCGCUUCUGGAAACGACUUUGUUGGUUGCUCUGGCACUGAUUAA